AUAAUUUAUUAUUACACACACAUAUAUAUAUUUGUGACGUUCGUUGUUUCCUGUUUUUAUAAAAAUAUAAAUUACAAUAUUGUUAAUUAUUGCUUUGAAUCUAUGAUAUUCAUUGAUGUGAUAUUUUUUCUUCUGUUAAAACAGUUUAUUGUAGUUUCUUUCAAACCUUCAAUUUAGUAAUUGGUAAUUUGCUAACGUUUACAGUUGUUCCUACUUCCUAAAGUAUCGUUUUUAAAAUCCAAUCGCCAAAAUAUGUCCAACGAUAUGGAGGACAUCGAUGGGAAUAACAUUCUUGCACAAGCAUUACAACAUCAAGGUGUCGAAUAUGUUUUUGGCAUUGUUGGUAUUCCAGUCAUUGAAUUCAGCAUGGCCCUGCAACAAGUAGGUCUUAAAUACAUAGGAAUGCGCAAUGAACAGGCCGCUGUAUAUGCAGCACAAGCAAUCGGUUACCUUACCCGUAAGCCCGGUGUAUGUCUGGUGGUGUCCGGACCCGGAUUGCUUCAUGUCACGGCCGGAAUGGCAAAUGCACAAAUCAACUGUUGGCCUCUUUUGGUAAUUGGCGGCUCUUGUGCUGAAGAUCACGAAGGAAUUGGCGGGUUUCAAGAAUGCAACCAAGUCGAACUCAGUAGACCGUAUUGCAAAUACAGUGCAAGGCCCCCAAAUGCUGCUCUUAUACCUGUUCAUGUUGAAAAAGCAAUACGCUAUGCUACUUACGGAAGACCAGGUGCUACAUAUUUAGAUUUUCCUGCCAAUCUAUUAUCAGCUCGAAUUCCUGUAGAUAGGGUAGUGAAUAAACCAAUAAUCUCACAACCUCCAAUAAUCUUCCCUGAUAUUCAAAACAUUGAAUCUACCGCAGAACUGUUAAUAAAUGCCAAACGCCCUCUUAUUAUUGUUGGCAAAGGUGCUGCCUAUGGACGUGCAGAAUAUGCCAUAAGACAGUUCAUUGGACAAUUUGGCUUACCGUUUAUAGCUACACCAAUGGGUAAAGGUGUAGUGCCAGAUGAACAUUCUUUAAGUGUAGCGUCUGCACGUACUUAUGCUUUGCUAAAUGCUGAUGUCAUUUUAUUGCUGGGUGCAAGAUUAAAUUGGAUACUACAUUUUGGUAAACCACCAAGAUUCGACGCUAAUGUAAAGUUUGUACAGAUAGACAUAAGUGCAGAAGAGUUGCAUAACAGCCAACAAGCUACUGUAGCAAUUCAGGCAGACAUGCAUGCUGCAGUUAAUGCAUUAAAUGGUUGUUUAACUGAAAAAAAAUGGAGAAAUGUAAGAAAUGAAUGGUUAGACAAACUUAAAGAGAAGUGUUUGUCAAACAAAAAAUAUGUUGAGUCAAUGAUGAAAGAUACUUCUGUACCAUUAAACUACUACACAGUUUUUCAACAUAUAUAUGAUAAUAUUCCAAAAGAUUGUAUUAUUGUAAGUGAAGGAGCAAAUACAAUGGACAUUGGUAGAGCUGUAUUAUUAAACAAUUUACCUAGACAUAGACUUGAUGCUGGAACAUUUGGAACCAUGGGAGUUGGAUUAGGGUUUGCUAUUGCUGCAGCUUUAUGGUGUCAAAAAUAUGAACCUGGAAAAAGAGUCUUAUGUGUUGAAGGCGAUUCAGCGUUUGGAUUUUCUGGAAUGGAAGUAGAAACAAUGGUCAGAUAUAAAUUACCAAUUGUCAUUAUUGUUGUUAAUAAUAAUGGUAUAUAUGGAGGUGUGGAUGAGUCUACUUGGAGUUUGGUACAAGACUCUGAGAACUUAACUGAAGUUAUUCCUCCUAAUUGUCUAUCUGUAAACAUUCAUUAUGAAAAUAUUUUGACACUAUUUGGUCGUAAAGGAUAUUUUUGUACAACUGUUGAACAAGUUUCAAUUGCAGUAAGAAAAGCAUUUAUGGAUACAAGUGGACCUUCAUUUGUUAAUAUAAUGAUCAAUCCAUCUGCAGAUCGCAAGCCUCAAAAUUUUGCCUGGCUGACUGAAUCAAAACUAUAGAAUAUAUUUUAAAAAUAUUGCCGUUAUUUGCCAAUAAAAGGGAUCUUUUUUUUUUUUUGUUGUUCUGGAGGUGGUUCUAUUUUUAAAUUUAUCAAACAAUCCAAUUAUCCCUUAAAACUGAUAGAAAUAAUUCUACACGGUGAAAGAUAGAUAAUAUACUAUAUUUUUGUAUAUUAGAUUUAGAACAUUUUAAAUGUUAAUUUUUUUAUGAUUGUGUUAAUUUUAUUGUUUUUAA